AUGGAGUGCAGCGGCGACGAGGUGGUGGAGCUGAGCUGUGCCCGCGCCGGCGGAGACCCCGGGGAGUACGCCGCGGUGCUGAAGAGGAAGCUGCAACUGUACUGCGCCGCCGUGGCCAAGACCAUGGAAGCUAAACCUCAAGAAUCUUCUUUGAACUGCCUCAAUUCACAAGCUUCGGACACUUCGCCAUUGGUUUCUCAAGCUUCUUUUGAUUGUGACGGUACUGUUGUUCAAGGAAAGCCAGCUAAUAGUUGUACAUCAAAGGAGCAGUCAGAUGAUGACGAUGGGGAUCUCGAGGAAAAUACAGACCCUUUGAAUGGUUCAGGACAGGUGAAAGGGCAGAGGAUGCUGUCAAAUCGAGAAUCUGCCAGGAGGUCAAGGAAAAGGAAGCAAGCCCACCAAAAUGAUAUAGAAUCACAGGUUACCCAGUUAAGAGCUGAGAAUGCAUCUUUGCUAAAGCGCCUGACUGACAUGACUCAGAAAUACAAGGAAGCUUCCCUUGGCAACAGGAAUCUUACAGUUGAUAUUGAGACUAUGAGGAGAAAGGUGAAUAUAGCUGAAGAAGCUGUCAGGAGAGUAACUGGAGCAAGCUUGAUGUUCUCCACUACAUCAAACAACGUGCCCUUGUCUUCAUGUGUAUCUGUUGCAGCUUCUGCUGAUGCUGUUCCCACUGAGGAAAACAUGAGCCAUUUCCUCCAGGGUUUACUUGAAGACAAUCUGAUCAAACAUGACCUCUCAGAGGUAGCAACCCCUUUGCCCAAUGGGGAAGAGAUGACCUCAAGGCCAGCCCCUUUGCAACGCGUCGCGAGCCUGGAGAACCUGCAGAAGAGGAUCCAUAGAGAUUCAGUGCACACUGAGGACACGUCGAGUUUCCCGGACCAUGAAGUCCCUGCCAAUGGUAAAUAA